GGCGGCGGCGGCGGCGGCGGCGGCCAUGGCCGGGGGGCCGGGCCCGGGAGACCCCGCGGUCCCCGGCGCCCAGCACUUCCUGUACGAGGUGCCGCCCUGGGUCAUGUGCCGCUUCUACAAAGUGAUGGACGCCCUGGAGCCCGCCGACUGGUGCCAGUUCGCCGCCCUGAUCGUACGCGACCAGACCGAGCUGCGGCUGUGCGAGCGCUCCGGGCAGCGCACGGCCAGCGUCCUGUGGCCCUGGAUCAACCGCAACGCCCGCGUGGCCGACCUCGUGCGCAUCCUCACGCACCUGCAGCUGCUCCGCGCGCGGGACAUCAUCACGGCAUGGCACCCUCCCGCCCCCUUUCUGCCCCCCACUGCCACCGCCCCGAGGCCUCACAGCAUCUCUCCACCUUCUGAGGCCGCGGCCCCCAGCCCCCAGAAGUUGCACUCGUCGGCCUCCACCCUCCUCUCCCCAGCUUUUCCAGGCUCCCAGACUCAUUCUGACCCUGAGCUCGGCCCUGUCCCAAGCCCUGCUGCCCUCCAGCCACCACUGCCAUCGCCAGCCCCUUCCUGUGUCAAGCGGAGCCCAGACAGCCCAGUGUCGCUCCUGCAGGGGGCCCACUCCUCUUCGUUCUGCUGGCCCCUCCAUGAGAUUUGCCAGGGCACCCACAACUUCUCAGAGGAGCUGAAGAUCGGGGAGGGCGGCUUUGGGUGUGUGUACCGGGCCGUGAUGAGGAACACGGUAUAUGCUGUCAAGAGGCUAAAGGAGGAGGCAGACGUGGAGUGGACCACGGUGCAGCAGAGCUUUGGGACCGAAGUGGAGCAGCUGUCGCGGUUUCGUCAUCCAAACAUCGUGGACUUUGCUGGCUACUGUGCUCAGAGUGGCUUCUACUGCCUCGUCUAUGGCUUCCUGCCCAACGGCUCCCUGGAAGACCGCCUCCACGUCCAGACCCAGGCCCGGCCCCCUCUCUCCUGGCCUCAGCGACUGGGCAUCCUUCUGGGCACGGCCCGGGCAAUUCAGUUUUUACAUCAAGACAGCCCCAGCCUCAUCCACGGAGACGUCAAGAGUUCCAACGUCCUUCUGGAUGAGAGACUGAUGCCCAAACUGGGGGACUUUGGCCUGGCCCGUCUCAGCCGGUUUGCAGGCGCCAGCCCCAGCCGGAGCAGCGCUGUGGCCCGGACUCGCACCGUAUGCGGCACCCUGGCGUACCUGCCCGAGGAGUACGUCAAGACGGGGAGGCUGGCCGUGGAGACCGACACCUUCAGUUUCGGCGUGGUGGUGCUGGAGACCCUGGCCGGCCAGAGGGCUGUGAGGAUGCACGGUGCCCAGACUAAGUAUCUGAAAGACCUAGUUGAAGAGGAAGCCGAGGAGGCUGGUUUGGCCCUGAAAAGCACGCAGAGCACACUCCAAGAAGGUCUGGCCCCAGAUGCCUGGGCCGCCCCGAUCGCCACCCAGAUCUACAAGAAGCACCUGGACCCCAGGCCCGGGCCGUGCCCACCAGAGCUGGGCCUGGCCCUGGGCCGGCUGGCUUGCUGCUGCCUGCACCGCCGGGCCAAGAGGAGACCCCCCAUGACCCAGGUGUACCAGAGGCUGGAGGAGCUGCAGGCAGCCGUGGCCGCGCCGCCUCUGGAGCCAGAGGCCGCCGGCCGCAGCCCCCCUUCCCCUCAGGAGAACUCGUACGUGUCCACCACUGGCAGCGCCCUGAGCAGCGGCGGCCCAUGGCAGCCCCCGGCGGCGCCCUCGGGAGCCCUGGCCCAGGCUCCAGAGCGGCCGCACAAAGGCGCCAACCAGCCCGUGGAGAGCGACGAGAGCACGUCCGGCCUGUGUGCUGCCCUGCGUUCCUGGCAUCUGACCCCAAGCUGCCCCCCGGGCCCAGCCCGGCCAGACAGCCCCGGCCCAGGGGCCGCCGUGUGGGCGCCAGCACCCCUCGGGCAGGCUGGCUGUUCUCAAGGGGAUGCCACCCGAGAGUCGAGCUGGGGGAGCGGCCCGGGGCUCCAGCCCACAGCUAUGGAAGGACCGCUCCUGGGCAGCUCCACGUCGUCACCGCCCCCCCAGAUUGUCAUCAACCCGGCGCGACAGAAGAUGCUGCAGAAGCUGGCCUUGUACGAGGAUGGGGUCCUAGACAGCCUGCAGCUGCUGUCGUCUAGCUCCCUCCCAGACUUGGGCCUGGAGCGCCAGAACAGACAGGGGCCCGAAGAGAGUGAUGAGUUUCAGAGCUGAACUGUCCGCCGGGUCAGAUCCCUAAACCCGGAAGUCAAAGUUCUCAUGGUUGGAAGUUCUCACAGCUUGCGAUCGCUCGGCAGCCUUGGGGGCUCCAUCCUCACGGAGGAGGGAAGGUGGCGGCCCUGCUGCUCUUGGGGCGUGGGCACAGGCAGGGCUCAGGGCCCCCCGGGCCGGCUGCUGCUGGCUGUCAGCAGGGCAGGACACCUCAACAGCCUGCCUUCAGGCCAGCAUUCGCGGGAGAGGAAAGCCGAUGUCGUUGGAGGGGCCGGUGCGGGGAGGAGGGCAGGUCUGAAGGCUGUUGGCUACACAGGCCAAGGAGGAGAGGUGAGUGGUCCAGUGGGACUAGCGGGGUGCCAGCUCCCCUGAGAGUUGGGCGGGGCUUCUGCAGCCCAGGCCUACAGCAGCAGCCCUUGGCCCUUCUUUUCAGACCUUGCUGAAGCCCUGGGGAAAAGCAGCCGCUCUGAUGACAGGAGCCAGUGGGGCCAGGGGCCCUCCCAGCUGCUUAUAAUUGGGAAGGGGAGCGUGAGGUGUGGCUGUCCCGUGGUUCAGUCCACUAACCAGAAGCGGGGGUUCUGAGAGGCGCCAGCGAGUGCAGCAGCGCCUCCCAUCAGGCUGGCGUCCGCAGGCUUCCCCAGGGAGCCGGGAGCCAGCCUAACAGGCCACCGAGCCGGGUCGGGCUCCAGAGGCCACAGGCUCAGCCUCAGGCCCGGGCGCUGCUUGUGACAGAGGGGCCACUACCCCAGGUUCGGCUAGGCCCAAGCCUUGUGUUACCCAGACAGUGAGAAGCCCCAAGACAGCAGGAAGUUGGGAGCAAGACGGAGAGGAAGGAAAAUAAAAAUGGGACUCACAUUUUUUAGAAGCAAGUCAGCGUUCGUGUAACUGAAUGUCUUUGAAAGUAGCCCAGGGCUGUAGCACAGGCUUCAAAUGAUUUUGUGUCUGCAAUCAUGAGUCACACUACAUGCCCCACGAAGCUAGGCAUUGGUGAAGUCCAAGCGGUCCUGGAGUAAUAAAAACUUACACUUUGAUCUCUGGCUGUACUUGUAGGCUUUGUGGCACUGAAAGCCUUGAGCUUUUCCAGUGCUUUUGAUCUCAGUGUUCUUGACCGUCCAAACCCAGACCCCAGCCUCCCACCCCCGGACCCUCUGGAGGUUCUUGUUUGCACUCCCAUUAAGCCGCCAUGCUGGUGGCAGAUCCACAACACUACUACCCAGCAGUACUUUCGCAGGUUGUUAAAUUUUCCCUAUUUUACGGAUCUUGACGCUAUUGUAAAUGGUAUUUUUGUUUCGUUUUCUAGUUGAUCAUUAACAGUGUAUAAGAAACACAACUGAGUUUUGUAUAUUGGCUUUGCGUUCUGUGGCCUUGGCUUCAGUUCACACCUUAGCUCUAGUAGUUUUUUGGUGAGUACCUUGGGAGAGUUUACGCGCACAAUCAUCUCAUCUGCAAAUAAAGACAGUUUCACCUCUUCCUUUCCGUUCUGUAUGC